CGUGCGGCCCACCGUGCUCGUUAGUUGCAUUUGGUUCCAUUGGCGUCGAUUUGUGGUCGCGCAUCGUAGGGCCAGGCCGCAUGCUGUGAAUGAUGUUAGCUUUCCUUUAUCCAGGUGGGGAAUCUGUCCGUAACGAUACAAUACUAGAGAAUACUCAAACAAGGUAUGUCCCUAUGUGUUUGAUGUGAAAAUGUCCGAGAGCUUGAGGAUUUUCUCAGUAAGAGUUACACACUUGGUAUUUGCAAAGGCAACAUUUUAUAUUUGACGGUCUACAUUCGGCCACUAAUCUCAGAAAGAUCAAUACUUAGAAGUUGAGGUUUUUGUUCAUUGUUUAUAUCAUGAAAGGAGAAGAAACAUCAUGGGUCAGUCAUUGCUAUGACCACAUUUCAAGAGAUAGUAAUCAUAGUAUUGGGUUCAAUUCAUCAUCAUCAUCAUCAUCAUCCGUGCACAAUGAUGAAAGCGAUAGUGCUGUAGUCCCAGUUCUUAUUGAUGUGAUAUUGCCCAAUGAUCUGUUGGAGCGGAUUCUGGCCUGCCUGCCCAUUGCCAGCCUUUUCAGGGCCGGCUGUGUCUGCAAAAGGUGGCACGAGAUAGUGAACUCAAAGCAGUUUUUAUGGAACUUCUCACAGGUCCUGCCAAAGAAACCUUGGUAUUUUAUGUUCACAAGCCCAUAUGAGCCUAUUGGUUAUGUCUACGAUUCCUUCCUCAGGAAGUGGUAUCGGUUUGAACUCCCGUGCAUUGAGACCUCUAGUUGCUUCAUUGCCUCGUCUUGUGGAUUAGUCUGCUUUAUGGACAAUGACAGUAGAAGCCAGCUCUGCAUAUGUAACCCCAUAACCAAGCGCAGCAAGAAGCUUGAGGAGUUUGCAGAUCUCAGGUUUUCUGACUACAGUGCUCUGGCAAUCUCAGUUGAGAGGAAAGCUCAAAGGUGCGACGUGACUUACAGUGUUGUGGUCCUCAAGUCUAAACAAGUUCCGGGAAACUUCUUUCAGUGGGAUCUGUCCAUCCACACAUACGACUCAGAAACAAUGACGUGGGCAACCCCGUUCACAGAGAGAUUAGAAGGGUGGAGGGGUGGGGACGAGAGCGUAAUUUGCGAUGGCAUGUUGUAUUUUUUGAUCUACUCCACGGGAGGCGGUCCUGCAGAAAACAGACACAGGUUGGUAUCUUAUAACCUGACGAGCAGGGGGAGGGAGGGUUCGUUGAUGAGGAGUUUUGUGCCGGUGCCGUGUUUCCUGACGUGCGGGCGGUUGGUGAACCUCAAGGGGAGGCUGAUAAUGGUGGGAGGGAUUGGGAAGCCGGAUCGUUCGGAUGUUAUAAAGGGGAUAGGGAUAUGGGGGUUGUUGAGCGAAGACGACGAAGAUGGUGAGGGUGGUGGUGGUGGGGGGAAGGUGUGGGAGGAGAUAGCGCGAAUGCCACCGGCGUACUUCCACGGAUUUGGGGAGUUUGAUGACGUAUUUGCUAGCAGCGGCGGUGAUGAGUUGGUAUACAUCCAGAGCUACGGCGCCCCGGCACUUCUUCUGUUUGACGUGAAGCAGAAACAAUGGAGGUGGUCGGUCAAAUGCCCUGUCUCUAAAAGGUUUCCCCUUCACCUCUUCACUGGCUUCUCCUUUCAACCCAGCCUCCAUGUCUCUCCCUGACUGACACCGCUUUCUCCUUCUAAGUUC